GAUCUGAUUGGUUACCAUCGCAGCACCACAGUGCAGAAGCAGAGAGAACAUCGAUAUUGAACAUUCUUUACCCUACGGUGAUCAAGCCAAUGACAUAUGAAUAGAUUUGACAGCAUGUAGUUCUGAUCGCUUCUGCCAGAGAGAAUCUCAGAGAAAGAUUAUUAUGAGCUUGGAACAACGUCUCCAACUGGUUAUCUGCGAAAAGACUGAAAACCCCCUCAGUGUAACACGUUUAUUAAAUUGUAAGGACAAACACAUAAUUGUUUGAACUGAAAGACGAACUAAAAUGUUUUAAGAAACGGAAAAAAAAAAAAAAAAAGAGAAAAAAAAGAAGACUGGUAGACUUUCAACGUAUAACUAAAAAUCGGUAAAAAAAAAUUGUUAUUACUAAUCAAAAGUUUACAAAGGACAAAUCAUGUUCUUACGUUUCUGCUUCAGACUAAUCAUGAACAACAUUGCCGAGAUCGUUUUGUUUCUUUACAAGACUGGAGAGUCGAUGCUGGAUGCGACGAUACGACCGUAUCUGGUGCAGGCAGUGUGCCGGGACAUGUUCCACGACAACAUGUCGAUGUGCAACUCCACCCACAGAUUCUACAGCGUGCAGAACGACGUCCAGAGCAACGCCGCCAGAUAUCUCAUGUAUUACAGGAUCCUCGUAAGCAUCCCGGCAGUCCUGCUGGGUCUUCUCUGCGGCGCGUGGAGCGACAGAAACGGUCGGAAAUUCCCCAUGAUGGUUCCCGGCAUCGGAAGUGUUCUAGCCGUGAUCGUGUACCUCAUCAGCAUGCAGUAUGAAGAACUAGCCCUUCCUCUCAUUCUGAUAGGAGCUGCGACUCAAGGCAUCUUUGGGAAAAGCGCCGUCAUAACCAUGGCAGUGAACAGUUAUGCUUCGGACAUAUCGGACUCGGAUCAAAGAACGCAGAAGCUUGGUCGGCUUUUGGCAAUGAAUUUUAUGGGUCUGUUCGUGGGUUCUCUUCUGUCCGGUACUAUUCAGGACGCUGCCAACAUUCAAAUCACCCUUUGUGUUGUGUCGGCCUUCCAUGCGUUGUCUGUGCUGGCUGUUGUGUUCUGCAUGCCGGAAAGCAUCCCAGAACAAACGAGGGAAAAAGACACCGAUUCUAGCUGUACUCUGUUCAGCUUUUCCGGAAUGAAGCAGUCACUGGUGGUUCUGUGCAAGGAAAGGAAAGAGAACUCGAGAAUGAUUCUCAUUAUUCUGUUUAUUUGUUCAAUUAUUAAUCAAACGUGCAAGGUUGGUGAUGCCGACGUAACGGUGCUGUUUGUACAAAGGAGCCCCCUCUUCUGGCCCGAAUCAUGGUAUGGUUAUUUACUCUCGAUGGAUUAUGCCGUCAUGGGCGUUUGUCUUCUCCUGUUUUUACCCCUGCUGUCAAACGUGUUCACUCUUCCAGAUAUUACGAUCAUGACGAUAGGAAUCUUUUGCAAACUUGUGAGAUCAAUUUGGGCUGGGUUUUGUUCCGAGUCGUGGAUGGUGUACACCAGUGUGGUAAUAGGAUCAAUGGCAGGGAUGAUAUCGUCUGUUAUCCGUUCGCUAAUGAGCAAGCACGUGCAAGAAGAUGAACUGGGCAAAACAUUUUCCUUGCUAGCAAGUGGCGAAACCGGUUCCAAACUGCUCGGAUCGGUUAUCUUCACGAAUAUAUACGGCGCGAGUGUGUACUUCUUCCCAGGUUUCUCGUACAUGAUCGAAGCGGUGCUUUACUUGGUAAUGUUCUGGAUGAUGGUCUGGCUUUACAGGGAGAUUCAGUUUAACAGCAACUACAACUUGUUGCUAGCUUUCGCCGACAAGCGGGAUUAUGGGACAGACGAUCUAGAUAAGUCGGGGAAAGAAAUCGACGAAAUUACAAGCGAGCCGAUUUUCCCCCAGCCUCUGCCAGCCACUACACCCUGAACCCACACGGCUCGUAACGGACAAUAAUAAUAAAAAAAUAUAUAGACGUACACUCGAGUACGUGUAGACCUAAUUAGUUAAGCCAAGGGAUUGUUAUUCUUCAAAAGGAUAUUUAAUUUUAAGCAAUAUAAAGUAUUAUUCAGCCAAAA